CUAAAUAUUGGAAGAUGUUACGAUAUUUAAUGUUUGCUUUAAUGGUACAACUAUCCUUAGGAAAAAGAGGUUUUGGUCCAAAUGAUCAAGACUGGGGAUACGUAUCAGUAAGGAAAGAUUCUCAUAUGUUUUGGUGGCUAUACUACACAACUGCAGACGUUGACAAGCCGACAGAUAAACCUCUCAUUAUAUGGUUGCAAGGAGGCCCUGGAGUAUCUUCUACGGGAAUGGGUAAUUUCGGUGAAAUCGGACCACUUACUACAGAUUUAAAAAAUAGAUCUACCUCGUGGGUUCAGUGGGCAAACUUGAUGUUUGUGGAUAAUCCUUCAGGAUGCGGAUUUAGCUACGUAGAAAAUGGUGAUUACGCAAAAAACAAUACAGAAAUUGCUAUCGAUUUUGUGGCACUUUUAAGAGGUUUUUACGAACAAUUGCCCGAAUUUAAGGAUGUACCUUUGUACAUAUUCUCCGAAUCUUAUGGAGGAAAAAUGACUGCAGAGAUAGCUUUAUUCAUAUAUAAGGCACAAAAAAGAGAUGAACUACCGUCGACUUUAAAAGGUAUUGGUCUUGGAGACGCUUGGGUAUCACCAGUUGACUCAAUUAUGACAUAUGCUCCAUAUCUACUAAAUGUGGGAGUAAUCGAUCAGGAAGGGCAUGACAAAGUAAUGGCGGUAGCUAAACAACUUCAGGAUGCUGUGAACCGAGAAGAGUGGACUAUAGCUCGGAACCUUUGGGGACCUAUUAUAGAGGAAGUAGAUAUUCAGUCGUUUAGUGUCGAUAUAUACAAUAUACUGACAAAACAGGAAGACUCUCAAGUAAAGAGAGAGAGAAAAUUAAGAGAUGAAUUAGAGGAUUUAAUGAAUAAGGAGGUUAAACCUGCAUUGAAUCUCACAAGAGAUUGGUCUGAAGAUGGAAAAGUUAUGAUUGCACUUACAAAUGACUUUAUGAAAUCUGUACCGCAUAUCGUAGAAGAAGUUUUAAAUACAACAGACAUCAAAGUCGCAGUCUAUAAUGGUCAGUUGGACUUAAUUGUGGAUAUAUUAGGAACUAUGAAGUGGGUUAAGGAUAUGAACUUUAAAGGUAAAGAAGAGUGGGAAAACGCACCUAGAACAGGAUUCAGUGUCGAUGGGUUUUAUGAAGGAUAUGUUAAAAAAGCUGGCAAUUUUGGUUUCUAUUGGGUAGAUCGAGCAGGUCAUAUGGUGCCUGCUGAUAAUCCGUCUGCAAUGUAUUACAUUUUGAGGGACGUUACUAACGAUUUUGAAGUUUAAAGCAAUAUUGGUAGAAUAUUGUAUUUGG